AUGGCGCUCUCACAGUCUGCUGCUGAGAAGCACGGAUCGUCCGAUAAUGCUGGCAACGCAACAGCGCGGCUGGAAGCGAUCGAGGCGCUGCGUAGCGCUCAUCAGCCGACUCAGCUCGCAAGUUGGCUCGAUCGCUAUGCCGCCGCCAUUGCCUCUGACGACGACUCGCCCAUAGCCACCACUUCCAAGCUGGACGGAGCUGCUGCUGCAUUGCGUCAACUGUCCCUCUCGUUGUCAUCGGUACGCGAUGCUUCCCGCACCGAGCUGGAUCAGAUCAUCACUUCGCUCGUUUCUACCAUCCCCAAGAUCAGCAUCGAGCUCAGACUCAUGUCGGACACCGCAACGGCGCUUCAGGCUCAUGUACAGUCGCUGCAAGCUCAAACAGCAACGAAGGAUACAUCCACAGAUGUCACGCUGGCAAGGAUUGCGGCACUAUCCAAAGCAAAAGCUGGUCUCAUCGAUGCACGUCACGCGCUUCGAGAGGCGCAAGCGUGGUCCACCCUCGAAAGUCAAGUCACAAUGCUCUUGUGCGAAGAGAGAUGGCAGGAUGCUGUCGAUAGGCUGGCCAAGGCCACCGACUCGCUACGUCUGUUCAGUGGUUCGACAAAGUCGAACGAGGAAAAGAGCCAAUUGCUCCAAGUUUUGACGCAGAAGGUCCAUGAACGCCUCUCACCCACAUUGCGACAAGCGAUCGUCGACCGAAACGGAGAAGAGGUGGCUCGAAUGGCAAAGCUGUUCGCUUCCACCCAGGACGGUGCUCGCACGUUCUUCCGCAUCUACACCGAUACUCGGUCGCAGAACCUGCUCUCGAGAUGGGCACACACAGCAUCCGAGUCGAGUCAGAAGCCGCUCCAGGCGCAGGUCACAUUGCUUUUUGGUGAUCUUCUCGCAUUGCUUGGCGAAGAGCGUGUAGCGUCAGCCUCCCUGUUCACAGAUCCGAACCGCGCGAUGCAGCUCCUCACCGCUGGCGUGAUCGUCGGGCUAGAUCCUCCUAUCCACGCAUGCAUUCAACAAGCGACACGCGCAUCAGACCUGGAAUCCUUCUUGGCUGCUUUGACCGAAGCAUUCAAGGCCACCGAAGAAGCCGCGAGAGCGAUCCAAUCACUGUUGCCAGAAGCGAAAAGGCCGCAGGAUGCGCAACAGGACGAUCAGAGCGGUGCUAUAAGAGUGCCCAUCGACAGCCAUCUCCUUGCUCUCGAAGCCACCGACAAGCCUUGGCUUCAGCUCCUGAUCGAGCCUUUCCUCCCUUACCAGACGCGCCUCGCUACCUUCGAAGCCGAAGCUAUGCAAUCUCGUCUGCAGACUCUCCAGUCGUCCGAUUCGGCUGCAACUAGCUCGGUCUCGACCGCGUCUGCAGUGUCACUCCAGGUGGCCAGGGCUGCCCUGAGACGCUCCACAGCUUUGACAAAGUCCUUUGCGACACCGUCACUCCUUCUCUCGCUCGACAGCUUGCUCCAGAACUCGAUGCAUCGAGCGCGUCUUGGUCUCAGUGCAGAUCUUCAGCACGCGCUCGAUAAUCUGCAGACUAGGAUCCGCCGGCAGCACUUAUCCGAGACCGCCAGGCAAGCCGCGCUUACGUACGAUGAAAGAGGCGAGGUGCUAACCUCGAACGACUGGAACGAGUUCAGGAAAGCCACAGAGACGCUGUCCACCUGCAGAGAGUCGCUCGCCGCGGUACAAAGCCUCGAGGAAGCGAUCGCAUAUCAGGUUUCCGAGCUUGGAGCCGUCGCAAACUCACCGUCCUCCACCACGAGGGAAGCAGACCCAACAGCAAUCGACUACACGAGCGCCACCACAGCUCUAGCGACCUCUUCGCUCAAUACAGCCACGCUCCACGAGCUUAUUAGCAAAUGCAAAAUCCUCCUCUCGACCGCUUUGUGGAAAUCCUCCGCGGUCGAUACAUUGUUGCUUCCGCUCGCACGUGCAUCGGUACUAUCGAUAGCGACGACACUUCAAAAUUUCCAACAUGAUCUCGUCCUGUCUCAGUUCCUACCCGAACUCGAACUCUACCCGUCUUUACCGAUUUGGACCUCGAACAAGCAUCCGAGCAUCAUCAACGAGUACGAUCUCGCCAUGCCGAAAUUCAGUCUCAGUCCGACCGAGGCCAUGGCAAGGAUAGGAGAGGCGAUGUUGAAUUUGCCUAGAUUGCUCGAAGGGUACGCGGACGAAGUGCUCUUGUUCUGUCUCAACGAGGGCAAGGAGAAGAUCAAGGAGAAGGGGAUUCAGGAAGAAGCUGCGAAGUUGGACGAGAAAUCGCAUGCAAGACACGCGACCAUGGUAGGAGGUGCAGCAUCAGAAUCCGGUGCCGCGGAAAGAUCGUCCAUGCAUCGACAGGCGUUUUCCACCACCGUCGUACCCUCUGAUCCUUCCACCUCCAACACCGCCCCUGCUGCCGAGGGAGACGAGAGCGAAGCAGGCGUGUUAUCGCAAUACCUCCAUUCGCUGCUCACACUCUUCCUCACGCGUUUCCUCACCACCGUCCUCCCCUCCCUCCCACGACUGAGCGAGAUCGGCGCAGCGCAACUCGCAGCGGAUCUCGAUUACUUGGGAAACAUUUCAUCGGUGAUCUAUGCCGAGAGCGAGGCGAUGUUGAGGUUUUGGAAGAAGGCUUCCGAGUUGAGUGGGGGCGAAGGGAGGGCGGUGGUUGCAGAAUAUGUCGUCGGGGUGGGGUCAAGGGAUGGUGGAGGACUAGGGAAUAGGAAAGGUGGCUUGGAGGGUUGGAGUGAUUCCCAGGUGGAAGCGAUGGCUCAAUCGGAGGCUUUCAGGACAGUCGCUAGGCUGAGGGGAUGGAUCUGA